AUGUGGCACUUUCUCGAUCUGAACCAAGAGCAAAAGCUCGAGCGAAGACGCCUACUGGAUCUCUAUGGCUCGCUGGCUCAGAUUUCUGCUCUAAUACCUCUUGCUCUUCUUCAAGUGUACUUUCUUGCUGUCUGGUUACAGUGGAGAUGGUCUAAGAAACGCGAUGCAGACGGCAUACCCAGUACACCGCAGCUGAAGAAGCGGCGAUCGGAUGCAUUCAACGAACCUGCGAUAAGACUCCAGACCUUGCAGAGGAAAGCGAUCUGGUGGAUGGGCGAUACAUUCGUUAUCUGGGGGUCUCGAGUGGCAAAGGGAGAGAUUGUGGCGGGUGUGGUAUGGACGGCAUGGCUAAUCUUUUUGAGUUGCGUGCAAACACAAGGUGGUAUGUAUCGCCCGUUUUUCCAAGCACUGGUAGUUGCUAAGUUCUACUGUNNAGACUAUUUGCAUUUGACCAAGCGGUUUGGCAUUGUGGGUGCUUCACAGCUGCCUCUCCAGUAUCUUCUUGCUUUCAAGUCGCCGUUCAGCCCUAUCCAACACCUUACCAGAUGUUCAUGGACGACAUUGAAUGCAGCACAUCAAAUCCUGGGUCGCGUGUCGACAGUUCUGUUCUAUCUCCACGCCGGCUUCUAUUUAAAUUUCUUCAUCCAAGCACACGUUCUGGCAAAGCGCAUCAAAGACUGGGACGUCAUUCUCGGACUAGUCGGGACUGUUGCAUUCACAGCUGUGGGCACGACCGCACUGUCACCACUCCGAAAGUGGAGCUAUCGCGUUUUUUACACCACUCACGUCUCUCUGGCUAGCAUCUUGCUUCCCGUGCUCUACUUGCACGUCUCGCACCUACGCAUCUACAUUAUCGAAACAUUGAUAGUAUACGCACUACACCUAGCCCUACGCAUCCUCUCCGAACACAAAGUCCAGGGCUCCCUGACCUUAGUCCCCAACACGGCAAACCUGCUCGAACUCAGCAUUCGCAUCACGCAAAAGGAAGGGCAAAAGUACCACUCAAUCGCACAAUACCAACCAGGCCACCACGUCUACAUUUCCCUAGCACAAGCACCCUUCUACAAGCGAACUCUGAAAUCCAAAAACCCGUUUACGAUCGCUUCACUGCCUUCCUCAGACGGCACUCUCAAACUAGUAGCCAGAGUCCUCGAUGGCAAUACCGCAGCCCUCGCAAAAGCAGCAACAGAAGGCGCGACCGGAAAAGCAACUUCCAUACCUCUGAUCCUCGAAGGUCCUUAUGGGUUAUCAACACAUUCAAACACGUUGUUGCAAUACAAUCGUGUCUUGUUUAUAGCCGGUGGCGUGGGUGCUACCUUUGUGGUGCCGCUGUAUAGAACACUGCUCAAAGACCUCUCGCCCAGUCCCGGGAGCAGGAGAAGACAAAACGUCGCGUUCGUCUGGGUGGUCAGGGAUGAGGCAGAGACUAGCUGGGCGAUCCCCGAGGACGAGCAGGAGAGGCAAGGUAUGCAGGAGCGCAUGACUAUCUACGCCACCAGGAGCGGCAGAAUGGACAACGACGAGCACGAGCAAAAGACCAACGAUGCCGAUGAGGGCAUUGAGCUCGAGCGAUUGUUACCUAGUGGAGACAUCAACGACUCGGCACAGAAAUGGCAGAUCCACCCUGGACGACCGGACUUGGGUCAGAUGCUGGACGGAGUGUUCAGUCAUACGCGGGAUGAUACAAAGGUGGCAGUGCUCGUUUGUGGUCCAAGAUCAAUGGCGGACGAGGUCAGGAGGAAAACCCAGAAAUGGGUUGGCAAGCGAGACGUUUGGUUACACGUUGAGGCUUUUGGAUUGUGA